AUGGCCCGCGUCACCGCGCACGCGGGGAAUACGUCUGGCUGCGAUGAAGAGCCGCUCUCGGGGGCCAUGGGACACAGUGUAACCACAGGUGCGGCUGGAAGCUCCACCGCGUCAGCAUCCACAGCCAUUGUCAAUCCUGACGAGACCCCCAGUGAGGAUACUCAGUUGGGCUCUGCCUCCUCUGCACCAUCGACCCGGUCUGCUUCUCCAGCUCCAUCCUCAAACAAUCCUCCCUCUUCACCAACCCCGUCCUCUUCAUCCUCUCGCCAGAACACCCCUACCCCCAGAAAAAGGAAGAGGACAGAUAGCCAGAGGAUUUUGGACUUUCUCCAAGCAGAGUCAGACAAGGAACAGAGAAGACACGAGGAGUCAGAGGAGAAGACUUUGCGCUUUUUAAGUCUCUUCGAGAGGAUGGUGGAAAAGCUGUAG